GAAUUCAUUUCUUAUAUGCAGCGGAUUACUUAAAAAUUCAUUGCUGCGCUAUAAUUUAGUGCUCAGGUCAAAUAAUUUCAAAUUGACAAACGUUGUUACACAAGUGGUUACAAGUGAAAAGUUUAUUGUAAACGAAAUAAUAUUUUGUUUUUGUUUGCAAACAACAACAUUUCGUUAUCUAUUAACUAAAGCAGCUGGUUCGAGAAGCUGUUUGGAGAAAAAUUCAAUUUUACUCAAUAUAAAAUUAGUUGAAUAAUGUACUUGAAGCGGCGAAUAUCUUCUAAUGGAAACUGAGGAAGGUGAUUUCCGAGGUCUCCUUUAAAAUAAAGGUAUAUAAGCAUAAAUUGGAUAAAAUACGAAAAACAAAGCGCUGCAUUAGUACGAAAAGAGAAGAAGGUUUAAUUUAACUAUUUGAUAACACCGCCAAAGUAAGAGGCGAUAUUAAAAUUAAAGAAAUUGAUACGUGUUAACAACGCAUUUAACUUUGCACUAAGCUUUUUCGUUUGUGAAUUUAAUAACUAAACAACCAACGCGAUAAAAAGAAAAAAAAAAAACAAAAAACAAGAAAAAAUAAUAAAAUUGCGAAAUACUGAGAUUUGUGUUGUGAAGAGUGCAGUUGACGCCCAAAUUCGAAAAAAAAUUGUAGUGUCAUUAAUUCAAAUACCUUAAAACGUUUCUAUUUCACCAAAGUGGAGAAGUGGAAACGGAGCCAACGAAACAAUACCAACCCAAUGGAUCAGACGGGUAAGGGAGGUGGCAGCAGCGAUGGAGGAAGCUCACUAACAGGCAUUGAUAAACCUCCUGUUUUAGAAGGUGUUUUGCACAAUCUUUGUAAUGGGUUAACCGAUAAAGAUGAAACUGUGCGGUCCGCAAUACAAAACGCUUUAGUGAAAAUAAUGGAAACUCAUCCUUUAAGAGCAACUAAUAUCAUCAUGAAAUAUAAGGAAGAGCAUUCAAAAUUGCCCGAACAAACUAUCAUCAUUGUACUUAGAGCGAUAGAAAAAGUGGUCAGUUCGGAUGCGUGUAUACCGGAUGAAGCUCAUAAGAAAUUGAUAUCAUUGGCAUUGGGAGAAAUGACACGUUCAACUGAUAAUGUAUCCGCUAUUCAAAAUCAUGCAAUGGAUAUAUUGGUAGCGAUAGGUCGAGGCGCCAAUUGCAAAUUGGUGAUGGAGGCUUUAAUGAAUUACACGAAGGAAGGAACGGUAGCACAUUUUAUGAUUAUGCAAUGCUAUGGCAAUAUAGCUUCUAGUAAUAUAGUAGGAGUCGUGCCAUUCAUUAAGCCCAUUAUGGCCUUCACAAUACCAAAUUUGACUGGCAUCAAAUUGGAUCAUAUUAAACAGGCGCAUGCUUAUGCCAUAGGCCGCUUUAGUGAAGCACUUUUGGAACAAUCGUCGGCCAACGCCGCGUUAGCGGCAACCCAAAAAUCGAAUGAUAAUGAAGAAAUGAUAUCCCCCACUGCCGCCGAGGUGGAAGAGUUAUUGAAUUGCUCUACAGAAAUUUCGAUAGCUUACGAUGUACUCUUUAAUCAAUGGUUGCAUUCUCGAGAGCCAAAGGUUUGCGUCGAAAUCUUACAGGCUCUGUCGUGCAUGUUCCCUCUGCUGCCGGCUGACAAAGUAAAGGAUCAAUCGCCGCGUCUCGUACCUCAUAUAUUAAAUCUCUAUCGUCGCUCGAUCGAACGCAAUUCGGUAACACAAUUCCUUUCCGCGGUCUUAAAGACCAAUAUCAAUUUACAGCCAACCGUGCUCGACGGAGUUAUCGAUCAGCUAAUUACAAAUUUGUUCGAUUUAGUUUGCGUAUAUCCCGAUUAUGAGAAACCGCAAACAGUUAAAGGUCACUACGAGGUAUUAAGAUGCUUCGAUUUACUAUCCGGCGUAUACGCGAUCAAAAUCAUGGAUACCCUAUUAAUGCAUUUAAGAAAUAAUAGUGAACGUGAAAGGAUUAAAUCAUUGCUAAUAUUGACACAUCUUCUAAAUACAUCGACAGUGAAUAUUGAAAAUAAAUUGCAAUCGUUUUUGGAGUGCCUCAAGCAAAUGAUCACUGUCGAGAAGAGUGUGAAAAUGAAGAUGACAUUGCUUAAGACAAUUGUGGCACUAGCGCAGAAAUCGUUUAUCAAAGAGAAAGAAUUCGUAUGGUUUAUAGUUCGCUACAGUUGUAAAUAUAAUAAAGUGAAUCAAGAUCAUGGCACAUUGGAAGAGCAUGCAAAUUUUGUACUCUCGUGCGAAAAUUCAUUGUUUAUGUUAUCCUCCACCGUGGGCACUAUGGAUGAAUUGCUUAAAAGAGAAUUACUUAAUUACUUUGUUCUAUUAGAUUAUACGGAUAUCUGUUCAAAUUUAUCAAAAUGUUUGGCGAAUUUAUUCUCAAAGUCGCCUAAUAUAGAGUUUGAGGUUUAUCACGAGGACGAACAACAAGACAAAGAUAAAAAAGAAGAUAUAGCGGAGGACGCAUCGACGAAGCCACCUGUUUCGAUUGUUAGAAGCGGAAAAAUAAUUGUACCUAGUGCCGAAACAAUAUAUGCCCGUUGUUUGGCUUUGCUUGGCAAUUAUCAUUGCAUCACGCGCUCGACAAAUAUAAUUUCGUUUCUAAGAUUUUACUAUCCGCACUUAAAUCCUGAAUUAUGUAAAUUAUGGGAGAAAAGUGCAUCGGAUCUAUUAUUGAGCAUAAAUAAGGAAAGUUUAUUUUUCACUAAAUAUUUAGAAUUCAUUAAAGAAACGAACGAAUUCCUCUCAGGGUAUGAUCAACAAUUUGCCGAAAGAUUAGUCAAUAAAAUGGCCGAACAAAUGAUCAUGUAUCCUUUAACGUUGCCGAACAGUGAAUUCGUUAUACCACAACUGCACAAUGAGAGGGGUAUGCUGUUAAAGUCUUUAGCAUUAACUUUAUGUCAUGUCAAGGACUCGCAAUUAGUCAGUGCGAAGAUUGACUUAAUCAUAACCGCUGCCAGGCAAGAGAAACUCGAUAAGCAUACUAAGCAUUCCGAAUAUGAUGAUAAAAUUGUACCGUGCACAUUGGCCUUGGGGUAUGUGUCACGCGUUCAUAUGCAUUUGUUAGUCAAGAAAUUAGUUGAGUUAGCCCAUAUAGGUGGACGAAAGCAUUCUACUGGAUUUUUCAGUAACUUGCAUUUUAUUAAAGACACACACAAAGAAUUGGAGAAUUAUAAAACCAAUCUUUUGGUUAUUAAAGUGUUCGGACGCAUUAUGGACGAGGCAGAUCCACAGCAAACGAUAACAAAUCUGGAUGAUACAAUUUUAAAUUUCCUAAUAUUGCAAUUAUCGAAUACGAAAGAUCAGAUUGUAAUGUCGGCAAUUUUGAAAACGCUUUGCAGCAUCUGCAAUCAAUUGAUUAGGGCCAAAGGGAAUGUGAAAACUUCUUUAAAGUAUCGUAAGCAAAUAAUGGAAGCUGUCUUUAAUAUACCAAUUGAGCCGCCGUUUGAUGACUUGCCCUUGCUACCGAUCAUUUUGAAAUUAGGCACCGAUUUCAUAUGCAUUGGCGAUGAGGAAUCAAGCGAGACAAUAGAUGGAGGUGUCAUCUUCGAAAUAGCUUGUAAAAAUUUUUUUACUUGCGCUCAAAAUUUAAAAAUGAAAUUUGAAUCUCCUGAAGAAGAUGAACGUAACAGCUUUCUGGCGAAAUAUCUUAAUGAAUCGUUGCCAGAGUUGAACGCUCUUGUUAAAGUCAUUAUUGAAAUGGAUCCGUCACCUUCUACUCUAGACUUAAUUAUUACCAUAUUGGAAUGUUGGACACGAGAUAAAAACUCCGAAGUUCGUAUAUGUGCAAGCCAUGUCUUUAACAAUACUUUAAACGUUUACAUUAAGACAAUGAAAAUUGGUGGCGAAGCUCCAUCAAAAUUUAAUCAAACUGGACAAAUGUUGGCGAAAAUUGUACCCCGUUGCAUAGAUUCGAACGGCACCGUACGCCAAGUAUCUGUUGAAAUAUUGCAAAGAACAUUGGAAAUCGCUUGUAUAUAUGAGACACUUACGAUAGCCGACAGUACGGCAGAUUGGCUUAAAGAAAUCGAAAUUAUUAAAGAACGAAUUCUUACCGACGAUCCCAAGGAAAUUGAUAAUUUGGCCGGUGAAAUUGCUAAUAUUAUUGCUGUACGCAUUUCAAACUUCCAGUAUUUACAAUUUUGCAAAACUCUUCUUGAAGGUCUGAAAGAUCCUGAAGAAAGUUCGGCAAUAGGGGCUUCCGUGGUUUUGAAAUUUUUUAUACAACAAAAAGGUUCCGAGCUCUUCCAUGCUGUAACCGAUUUAGUUAAAGAAAGUUUAACAGCGAUAAACAACUGCGACGUGAGUCGAGCCAAAUUGGGAGUCUUAAAGGCUUUGGUAGCUCUAACCAAACAUCAUCCGAAAUUGGUAUCUUGUGAAAUUUUGGCCCAACAAUUACCUUUUGAGGAAAAUAUUAUAGAAUAUUGGCAUUUGAUUUGCAAGGAUAGCGAUUUAACCGGCAUACUAUUAGAUAAUUUCUUGCAAGUAUUAUCGUCCUCGAGCCCAUACGAAAUCAAUGAAGCGCCAGUGGAAAGGCAAAAAAUAGCUAAUGUUCCGUCAUUUGCUAUAUUCUGUGCUCUGCAUAAAAUGAUGCCACGCAACGAUAUCAGAGAGGAAUUAAAUUCGAAAUUUCCCGAACUGUUUACUAUGUUAUUAACAUCAUUGGCUACGUAUACAAAUUUGGCCGCGCCUAUGCAUAGCGGUAAUAUAUGCAGUACGUCAUCUGCUGCGGGAUCUUCGUCUACUACUAGUAAAACAAAAUUUGGUUUUAUACCCAAUAAGGAGACAGUGAAAAUGAAUCCUUGUCAAAUUGUUUUGGAAACGUUUCAAUCGUUUUUAAAUAACUUAGAAAUGGAACAAAUUUUUGAAGCACUCACCAUCCAUAAACAUUUAUCAUCUAGCACUGAUUUGAAAAAUUAUAUAGAACUUCUAACACCUAUAGCUAAAGGUCUCGCUAAUCAAGUGGAUAUACAUUCGAAUACGAUGAAACAAGUGAUCAAGGCUUUAAGUAAAUAUGUAUCGUCGCCGUUCGAAGGUCAAAGGGUCGCAGCAAUUGGUUUAUAUUCACGUCUAGUACCUUUCAAUCCGUGUGGAGAGAUAUCCACAAUUAUAAUGCAUCAUUUGUCAGCCGCUCUCAGCGAUCCCAAGGCGGUUGUUAGAGGUUUAAGUAUACAGGGUAUGGGUUAUGUGGGUCAGUUGGUCGAAGAAGAUAUAGAAAAGUAUACCGAAACAGCAGUAACAGCAUUAUUGAAGGGCCUAGAUGACACCGUUAACGAUUGUUUAAUUAACAUUCCACUAGAAAGCAUACGUGGCUUGUCACUUUUACUACAAGCUUUACCUUCUGAAAGUGUGGAAUCUUUUCACGUAUCUUUGGCUAUACGUAUAAGACCAUUUUUCAGUAGUUAUUCUGUGGAGAUUAGAGAAGCCGCUAUCGUACUUUUUGGCGAUUUAUGCGAAUCAAAAAUUUCUACAAAUAAUGGCAUCGUAACACCAAAUUCAAUUAAUGAAGCUCUCCAUGAACAACUGCUUGCUAAUCUAUUUCCAUUAUUGUUGCAUUUAGGUGAAAAUGAACCUACCAUUGUUCGGGCGUGUAAGACAACCCUACGUAAAGUAUGUAGACUUUUAAAUUCGUUUAAGAUCCAUGAAAUGGCUGAACGUGAUUUAAUCGAUCAUGGCCAGUUGAAUUAUAACAUUUUCAUCGUAGAAUUUGUUAAAUUAAUUGCUAUGGAACUGACUGAUCAUAUACAAGAUUUCAUUAAUUCUUGUCUACCGAAUUUACGCAGCUUAUGGCCUGAAGUACGAGGCAGCGCAGCUGUUGUUAUAGGUAUUUUAAAUAACUUCCUAAUGGAACGUAGUCCUCAAACCGAAGGGGUAGGCAAUAGUAUUGUCUUAUUGCUUAAAGAUGAAAAUCAUUAUGUGCGUGUUAAGGCCGCUACUGCAUUGGGCUAUUUCUUCGGUGACAUAUAGAUAACGCACUAAAUUCCAUAUAGUCAGUAUGCCCAGCUUGUAUGUUAAUCGAUAAGUGUGAUGGAAGCU